CCGCCUGACUCCCACAUUCUACUGUGGUGGAGGAGAUAAUCUGCCACAUCCAGCAGACCACUGACUCAAUUGUUCUAUGCUGGAAAUCUGAGGUAAAAAACGCAUCACCGGGGCUGGAUUAUUAGCGGUCUCCCCAGGAACUCUUCUGGGAGCUGCUGCAGACGGCUGGUCGUCGUCCUUGCCAAGAUCCGAGUGAAGUGGCCCUGCAUAUGAACAACAGAGGUUUGUUGUCUUGCUGUCUUCAGAGUAGAGACCAUCAGAAAAAUUAUGCCUGCUUGUUGUUCGCAGUUUAUAAGCCUAAUUUAGUUUCUGAUAAAAGUUUUCGGACUGCUCAUAAGCAGAAGUGCCUGUACAAAGUUCAAGAAGGAUUGCUUAUGAAUAGGAUAUAUCCAUGCCUUGAUAGCAAGGAGGCUACUAUAACCUCUUGACAGGAAACAAUGUGCCAUGCUCACAAUUUUCCUUCUUCAUUUGAACAUCUGUAAAGUAUAACCAUUUUCCAAAAACACUUAGCAAAAAUGACAAGUCUGUUCCGGAGGAGCAACAGCAAUGGGAGCUCAAGAGGAAGCUCUUCUACUCAGGAACUUAACAACAGCCGUCCUGUGCGCAGAUUGGAGUUUAACCAGGCUAUGGAGGAUUUCAAGACAAUGUUUCCUAACAUGGAAUAUGAUAUCAUUGAGUGUGUAUUGAGGGCUAACAAUGGUGCAGUGGACGCCACUAUUGACCAAUUACUACAGAUGAACUUGCACAAUGGUACAUUUGAUGACAGUUCAGACUCGGAUGACAGUAUUCCUCAAGAGAUUCUGGAAAGGACUCUGGAACCAGACAGUUCUGAUGAGGAACCUCCUCCUGUGUAUUCUCCACCUACCUAUGAUGUGCGUUUGUCUGAUAGACCUCAUCCACAAACCCCACCUACUCCUCCUCCUAGGACUGACGUGUUGCCAGUCUGCGGUUCUCAGGUACCAAAAGUGUGCAGGAACUGGAACCCCCCUCUACUAGGAAGCUUGCCUGAUGAUUUUCUUCGCAUAUUACCCCAACAGAUGGAGAGUGUUCAGAGCUGCCAACGCGGACCUUCUUCAAAACUUGAGGAAGACUCCAAAAAAGAGCAUUGCUCCAUGGACCAAGAGCGUCAGCUGAAGCAGUAUUUGCAAGAUGAGAGAGUUGCACUUUUCUUACAGAAUGAAGAGUUCAUGAGAGAACUUCAGAGAAAUAGGGAAUUUCUCCUUGCACUUGAAAGAGAUCGUUUGAAAUAUGAGUCAAAGAAAUCUAAGUCUAGCAGUAUGCUGGGGAAUAAUGAUUUCAGUUUUUGCCCUUCAAUAACAACAGAUGAAUCCCAUACAGUUUCUGGUGGCUGUGAUUCUAGCAGUGCUAUAUCUGAAGAUGCCUUAUUUAGGGAUAAAUUAAAACACAUGGGCAAAUCAACCAGAAAGAAGUUGUUGGAGAUUGCCAGAGCAUUUUCAGAGAAAACAAAAAUGAGAAAAUCUCGGAGAAAACAUUUGCUCAAACACCAAGUACUUGGAACAGCAGCCUCUACGGCCAAUCUUUUGGAUGAUGUUGAAGGACAUUCAUGUGAUGAAGAUGUUCAGGCAAGGUUAAAACAACUGAACAAUGAAGGACGGGAAACCCACAAAGAAGGACCAUGAAAAUCUUAAGACUGGUCAAAAAUCCUGCAUGGACCCGGUUGGCUGAUAAGAAGAUGACUAUGAAAAAUGAAGUGAUUGGCUAUCUGUUGCAGUGCAGUCCAUUCCGUGUAGAAGAUUGAAUAUAUAUGGCACAAUUUUUAAUCACAUAUUUUACUAUUUGAUGACCGCAUUGAAAUCUCAGAGAGUUACUUAGUAACUAUACAGCUUUAAUAUUAGUUGUGUGUUUUAAAAUGGUACUGAUUACGUAGAACUUUUUUUUUUUUUUUACAUUUUCCUCACAAGGAAUAACAUAUCCUGUUACUGAAGACGUAUUUGAUAUCCAUAUAUGCUUACACAUUUUAAUAUUGUGUGCGCAAUAAAAAUGCCCUAAAAUGCCCAUUGUAAGUAAUCUACAUCACUUUACGUUCAUUGGAUGAGUGAGCGGUGAUGUCUGAUUAAUAAACUGUUCUUGUUAACCAACAUUCGACAAGGUUAGCCCUGUGCAGUCUGGGGAAAAAUGGUUCAUGUGCCGGCCACAGCUCAUCUGACCCAAACUCACAUCAUCAUAAGUGAUUGCUGUUGACUGUGGGUCUGCUAUAUUGUAAUGAGAGAGCAUCAUAAAUCACUAUAAUGCUUUGAGUUUGCAUCAGAUGAUUUGCUGAAAUGCAGCCAAUACACAGAUCGUUUUUCCUGGACCUCACAUGGGUCUGUCACCGGCCUUAGGCUCCAAAAGGACUAAAAUGCAGAAAAAUCUAAUGUUCUUUGUUGCCUACCACCACCAAUCAGUGCAGCUUUUGUUUUUCAAAAGUAGUGUAAGAAUUGAAAGCUGCACUCUGCACUUUUUUCAUAAAUAUAUAUAUGCCAUUGUCUUCAGGCCUGAUUUAUUUUAAAUGGACUUACAAAUAGCCAGCAACAUAGUUACUGACGUGAUGUUAUGUAAUGGUCAAUUUUAAAAACUAGACUUUUUUUUAACUUUUGGUAGUAUAAUCCUUUGAAAAAUUGACCAGUAUAGGCUAAAAUAAGCAGUUACCGUAAUUUUUUAAUUAUUUGUCUAAACUAGCAUUUGAUAUAGUCAUUAAUAUAAAAUAAAAAAAACAAUAAUGAUAACUAGAGCUUGGAAUCAAACUUAAAGUUGUAGGUGAAAAGUAAAAUAUUUUUUCAUAUACCUGUACAUCUGCUUUUUAAAAUAUUUUUUGACUGCAAAUUUUACUUCUUAGUCUACAUCUGAAAAAUGCUGUUGGUGGUUUGCUGCCCUUCAUGAACCUCUUUUCAGUGGUAUGAUCCAAAAAGACUUGGUACUAGCCAUUCAACAUAGUUACAGUCAAAUCUGCGUAUGAACACAAAUGAUGUAUGUUGUUAAAACACAUGCAUGAUGAUGUCAGCAAUCCUUGUUUUUUUUUCCAGAGAUGACCCAGAUACAGCAAGGUUAUAGCUCUUAAGAUGAAUGAACCUACUUAUACCCAGAAUGAUGUUACCUCAGUUCAUGCCUCUCAGUCCAUUCUCAUCAUUUCAUUUCAUAACCAUCCUUCAUUCAGCCUUCAUUGACUAACAUGUGGAAGACAUCUAAUUGGCUAGUACAAAAUUCCAAUCCUUAUCAUAAGUCUAUUGGCCGUUGUAAACUAAACUGAUAUUCUGAUAGGUUGAUUGACUAAUCCUGUUUUAGUGGUGGCAGUUGUAUAACUUAAAAUGUAGAGGGAAAAUUCUUGUCCGGCCACUUCUGUUUGCAGGUGACAGCCAAUAGUCACCUUUACCGUAAACAGAAACAGUUAUCCAUUGUACUCCCAGCACAAGAGUCUUCGCUGGCCUAGAAAACACUGAGGUCUACAUUUUUGCAUUUGAUUUAAACAAAAAGGAUCUUAUCUCACCUUUAGACAUCACCUAGGAGAUGAAAAUAGCUUUUGACUGUAACUAUGAUUAUUGGCUGAUUAAAUGUCCUCCAAUGUUAGAUCCAUGUAAUGGCCAUGUGUCAAUAUCGUAUAUAAUACAUAUAUUAAAAAUAUGUAAUAUACCAAUAAUGUAAUGUCGGACAUGUGUAGUAGUGUUUAUGCAGUACAAAUAAUUAUUUAAAGAAAAACAAUAAUAAUACAAAUCACCGUAAUAUACAAUUUAUUGUGCCCACGUA